AUGGCGGAGCAACGUUUAAAGGAUACGGCACGAAAAUACGUGGAACAGCUGAACAACUCGAAGUCCAAACAACACAAACUUAUGGCGCAGCUGCUCUGCUCGGCUGUACUCAGUGCACCUGCACUUCCCGAACAAAUGAUAAAAGCAUUGGUAAAAAUAUCGGUUGCUACAUGUUUUACUCGGUUCACCAAUCGACAGUCACAAGCUGCCGUUCAAAGUGUUUUAUCAGCUUUAGUACAGAAAGAUGCGCCCACUUCGAUGAACUAUCUCACUGAUGCAUUCGCGUCAUUCUUUCGACCAAAUAUAGCACCUCCGUAA